AUGAAAAAUUGUCUUGCUCGAUAUUGGGAAUUACGGGCAGGUAGCGGUAUAUUCGAGUACACGGUCAAGAGAACAGUAGCCAUGCGUCGCUUGUUUUUCGCCAUCUUUGUAAUAACAUUAUUACACGUAAAAGCGAUCGACAUUUACACAGAAGACGACUUUCCCGUCGAAGAUGAGCCCUACACGGAUAAUCUCAUUGAGAUCGAAGACACUAAAACUUCUAGAAGCAGACGGAUACUCUGGCCUUAUCCUUUGACUAGGGACGAGCAAGACAGCAGAAAAGCAAGAUUCGCCCACUAUUCAUACCCACAGAGCCCGAUAGUAGAUAUGAUGUUGCAAACAGUGGCUGUGAAUUAUUUGCCUGUGAAUUCUAACGAUCCAUUUGAUUUCUUACGCGAUUCUUAUCCAUUACCAAAAGGUUAUACUAAGCCAUUAGAUGAAUAUGACUAUAUUAUCGUUGGGGCGAGUUCCGCUGGAUCUGUACUAGCUGCAAGACUAACAGAAGACAAACCAAGAGCUACGGUCCUCCUGCUGGAAGCGGGGAAACCAGAAAUGCUUUUGUCCGAUAUUCCGGCUUUGACGCAUUAUCUUCAGAAUACGGAUUAUGUAUGGCCAUACACCAUGGAACAUCAAACGGGAGUCUGUUUAGGAAGUGAAGAGCAACGGUGCUACUCGCCCCGUGGCAAAGCUUUAGGUGGUAGUAGUGUCACAGAUUAUAUGUUGUAUUCAAGAGGCCGUCCGCAGGACUGGGACAAAAUGGCCGCAGAUGGGAACUACGGAUGGUCAUACAAUGAAGUGCUCGAGUAUUUUAAAAAGUCAGAGCGCUCUGAGCUGAAAAAAUAUAAAAACAUGCCGUACAGAGGUCGCGAUGGAGAGCUCACUGUUGAAAAUGUGCCUUUCAAGACUGGACUUGUCGAAGCGUUCCUCGCUGCAGGUAGAAUAAACGGUUACCAGACUGUAGAUUAUAUUUCGCCAGACCAGCUAGGUUUUGGUUACAUUCAAACAAUUACAAAUAAGGGUCACCGGCUCAGCGCUGCCAAAGCAUUCUUACAUCAACAUAAACGUCGCAAAAAUCUGCAUAUUCUAACCGAAGCUAAAGCUACCAAAAUAAUUGUUGAACCACAAAGCAAGAGAGCGUACGCCGUUGAUUACAUAAAGAAUAAUGUUAAAUACACCGUGCGCUGUCGCAGAGAAGUCAUAGUCUCUGCUGGCCCAAUCGCUUCUCCACAAUUACUUAUGUUAUCCGGAAUAGGACCUCAAGAACAUUUACAAACUCUAGGCAUUCCAGUCCUGUCAAAUAUACCUGUUGGAAGGACUUUGUAUGAUCACAUUGGAUUCCCAGGAAUUAUCUUUAGGUUGAACAGCACUAACGCUAGUCUUCUUGAACCGAAGGUGGCAACUUUACCCAACUUAAUGCAGUGGCUGCAAUUCGGAGACGGUCUUUUAACGUCGCCUGGAGGCGUGGAGGGUGUGGGUUACAUUAAAACGAGCGUGUCUGAUAACUCUGAAGUACCAGAUAUAGAACUAAUCAACAUGGGUGGAUCGCUCACAUUAGAUGGAGGUGCAGCUAUAAGAAAGAGUUGGAAGAUAUCUGAUAGGACAUAUCACAACGCGUUUGGCUCUCUAACUGGUGUUGAUACAUGGCAAGCUAUACCAGUAUUACUACAUCCAAAAUCUAAAGGCUGUUUAGAAUUACGCGAUAUAAAUCCAUUCUCCCAUCCAAAGAUAUUUGGUAACUUCUUGACUGACGCAAGAGAUAUGGCAGCGUUGAAAGAGGCUAUAAAGUUCGUAAUAAGUAUUGGAGAGUCUGAACCAUUUAGGAAGUAUGGAGCUACAUUGCACCUCGCUCCUUAUCCAACGUGCUCAUCUUAUCCAUUAGGAUCCGAGCAGUACUGGGAGUGUGCCAUAAGAACUAUGAUGGUAUCUAUGCGACGACAGGUUUCAACAUGUAAAAUGGGUUCAGCCAAUGACCCCGAUGCCGUUGUUGAUCCGGAGCUGAGAGUACGUGGAAUAGAAGGUCUGCGGGUGGCGGAUAUUAGUAUUCUACCAAAAACGAUUAGCGGACAUACAAUAGCUCCAGACAUUAUGAUUGGUGAAAAAGCAGCGGAUAUGAUAAGAAAAACGUGGUCCAAUUUGAUAGCUUAG